CUCAUCUAAUCGCCAUUUCCUAAUUAGUUAGGCAUUAGAUUAACUUCCACGAUUAGGAGCCUCCAGCUACGCUUAUUCCUUUGUAAAGCCGUGUUUGGUCUUUGAGUGAAGCAAAAAAUUAGAAAACCCCCCAUCUUCCUUUUUCUACUCUAUUAUAAUUACUUCCUAAAGCGUCUGCUGUGCUCAGCCCAGUUAAACGACACCGUUUAAUUCAUGUGAUGGAUAAUCACCUUCGUCCUCUACUCAACUCCCCAUGGCCAUCUCUCUACUUUAAAAAGCUAACAGUCAUACAGACACCACUCCCCGCCCAACCAAAUUAUCACCGGCAAUGUCGCCACUAAUCCCGCCACCGCGAACGCCACCGCCCAACCACCGUUAAUCUCCAUUGCGCCACUCAAACAAAAGGGAGAAAGAUGGCCCAAAACCUCAAGCUGAAAGUGCUAACGUUGAUCACCAAACUAUCAGACCGGGACACCUACAACCUUGCAGCCACCGAGCUAGAGUCCAUUGCCGGGACACUGGAUAAUACGAGCCUUCCUACCUUCAUCUCAUGUUUACUUUCCAUCGACUCCGCCGACAAGCGUCUGGUCCGCAAGCAGUGUCUUCACCUCCUCUCCACCCUCGCCGUUCUCCAUUCCAACUCUCUAUCUUCUUUUCUCACCAGAAUCCUUUCCUACGUCGUGCGUCGCCUCCGCGACCCUGACUUUUCCAUCCGCUCGCAAUGCGUCGUCACAACGUCUUCUCUUGCUUCUAAAAUUACGAAACAGUCGUUUUCCUCCUCUUUUUUGAAGCCAUUGAGUGAAUCAGUUUUCACGGAACAGGACUUGAAUGCACAGAUUGGAUCCGCUUUGUGUUUGGCCGCCGCGAUAGAUGCGGCGCCAGAUCCAGAACCGGGGAGGUUGGGGAAGGCGCUCGUGCCAAAGCUGGAGAGGCUGUUGAAAAGCGACCGUUAUAAUGCUAAAAGUGCUGGAUUGGUUGUUAUGGGAAGUGUGAUUGGGGUAGGAGGAAUAAGAGGAUAUGUGGGGAUGGCCGGUUUGGUAAAGUCUUUAGUCGGGUUUUUGGGCAGCGAGGACUGGGCAGCGAGGAAGGCAGCAGCGGAGGCGCUCGGGAGGUUGGCAGUUGUGGAGAGAGAUGCCAUGGCGGAGUUCAAGAGUGGGUGCUUGAAGGUUUUUGAGAAACGGAAAUUCGAUAAGGUGAAGGCUGCAAGGGAAGUGAUGAAUCAGAUGAUCGAAGCAUGGAAGCAGGUUCCAGAUGUUUCAGAGGAUGUAUCGCCACCACCCCCAUCUCAGGUUUCUUCAAAAGAGGAUGCGAGUGAUGGACGCUAUCCAAUUGGUUCCAAAAGUUCUUGUGCUGCUGGUUCUGAAGCCCCUCGAAUGAGGAAAAAAACCAGUUUAGCGAGCAGGACUACUCCACCUUAUCAUUCAGCAGUGAAUAUGGCUAGGAGGAGAGGUUCUUUAACGAGUGCUGAAAAGAAAAUGGCUCCAUCAUUGUUCAGAAAAGUGGACUGCAAGAGGCCCUUGGACUGGAAAGUUGAAGUUGCAAUUCCUAAUAGUACUGCAACUGGGAUUGGUGAUAAUGAUAGUGCCCCAAAAAGAAAGAUGGCAAAGCCAGAAACAAAAUGGACCCUUCUGAGUAAGAAUUCUGAUGACAAAAUGCUCAAAUUUGGUGGGAUGAAGUCUGGAUCUCGUGUGGUUCCUUGCCAAGAGGAGAGUCCCGCGUCAACUGUUGUAGCCAGCAAUGUUAUUGAGAAUCACCAUACUAACCACAAAGAGUGUGAAGAUUUAUCUUUGAUCCGCAACCAGCUUGUUCAGAUUGAAAGGCAGCAAUCUAACCUACAAGAUCUCCUACAGAAAUUCAUCGGGACUUCACAAAGUGGGAUGCGUUCUCUUGAGACACGUGUUCAUGGCUUAGAAUUGGCACUGGACGAGAUCUCAUAUGACUUGGCUGUAUCAAGUGGAAGGAUGACCAACUCCCACAGAACCACAUGUUGCAUGCUGCCUGGUGCUGAUUUUUUGAGCUCCAAGUUCUGGAGGAAAACAGAAAGCUGCUAUUCAACCUCAAGGUUCUCUUCUACUGGCACUCCAUCAUUGGCUGCCAUUCGCCAUAGAGCUGUUAAAAAUGGCAAUACGGGAACGCAAAACUUGGAGAGUCACAGAUUACAGCUUCAGGGUGGUGGUGGGUUCAUAGUGAAUCCCUUGGCUGAGAUUCACGAAUCAAGGUGGAUCUCUGAAGGGGCACAAUAAUAGCCAAGGAAUCAGCAGAUAUGCUUUAUAAAUGGUACAAUUUAGUUGGACUCUCAAGUGUUCGAUACAUUGUUAAGAAAACCACGAAAAUGAUCAGCCAUGUGGGUAAGGCAAAGAUCACUAGCAUGUGGGAUGCAUCCAACAGUUUGAAGUUGCCUAAUGCAAAUAAUAUGAUGGAUGCAAUUCCUUAUAGGUUGCCUGCAGAAGUAAUUGCACAUCAUGCACUUUUGCAGUAGCAAAGUGAGAGAAGGGAAGGCAAUUCAUUCGGUAAUUCUUCAUUUUAGUGUAAAUUUCUUUUUCAUUUUUUCAAAGUAUUGUGAAGACUGGAAGAAAAGUUGAAGCCAAAUAUAUCUGCAGCUCGGUAUAGAGUGUUGAAUGCUUAUAGAGUGCUUAUAGAGUACUACUUAUCACCUGGGUUCAUCUUUUUUUCUUACCACAUGAUUUUCAAUGAUAAUGACGGUGUAUUUUCCAAUGAAUGAAAAAAAAAUGAUAAUUGACGGUGUGA